AUGAGGACUGCGUUGAAUACCCUUUUCGACGCUGCUAGUCAUGGCAAUUGUCUGGUCUUCAAUUCCAAGUGUCGAACAGGUGAUGCUGUUGCGAUCCCCGAACUCAGCCAAUUCACAGACGAACCGUCAUCGUUUCUGACCUUCGUGCCUCACAGCGACCACAGCAUGACUCAAGAUGAUGCAGCUCCUCGUAUGGCUAAAAGCACGAUACUCGACGAGCGUGCAGGAGCCAGGCCCGACGCCGGCAGCGAAACACCAACAUCGCAUGGCCGCAAACGAUUUUCGAGUGGACUUAGCGGAAGCACGCAGUAUACGACUCUCAAAGUGCCAGACACAUCAUAUGGCGAGAAGGGAAGCAGCGCUUCAAGCAUAUUCAGUCACGAAGUGCGGGAAGAUGCGCUGAGACCAGAUCCUAGCACGGAAAAGGACUUUGAAGUCAAGGACAACAAGUUCGCUUUCUCCCCUGGUCAGCUCAACAAGCUGCUUAAUCCCAAGUCGUUGGGCGCAUACGCUGCGCUCGGUGGUAUCAAAGGCAUCGAGCGAGGACUACAGACUUCACGGACGGGUCUGAGCGUGGACGAGAGCAGAAUCGAUGCAAACGUCUCAUUCGAGGAGGCGACACAAUACGAAGAGAAAACAAGGUCCUUGACCCACAAUUCAUACAAGCGGGUCGCAACCAAUAGUAGUGGGCAUAACCUGGUCUCACGUGAAUGGAUCACGACUGGCCAGCUAGAUGGUAUGCGCGUAGAGGCUCUCGCGGAUAGUUGCGCUGGGAAUUUCAUCAGCGAGGCUUACCUAAGCACCAGGGGAAUACCGUACGGGAGGAAGAACGAACGACAUAUCGUUGUCGGCAAUGGGCAGAAGGCGUUCAAGACCCUCGCAACAGUUCGUCUGCCUUGGGAAUUCGGGAAAGAAACACACACCAAAUACAUCGUUGACUUCGAUAUCAUCCCAGCUCGAUUCUGCGAGUACGCUGUCACUCUGGGCGGCAAAUUCCUGGCAGCGACCAAGAUCUUGACUGAGCGCUUCAAGGACCGCAUCCUUCGAAGAUCUAGGCUCUCGGCCAUGCCUCGAUUAUUCUACCAAGGAGGAUCUCACGUUCGCCUGAAGGGGUACUGUGAGGGUGUCAAAGUGGCCGCUCUGGCUGAUACUUGCUCGGAUCUGGAUCUUCUGUCCCCGGAAAUGCUCGCUGAGCUUGGCUACGAGCAUGACGAUAUCUUAACAGACGUUGAGCAUCGUGUCUUCGUUGAACUACCUGGUGGUCUCAUCACCAGGACAUCAGGAAUGGUCCGUGACGUCGAGUUCCGCUUCGGAGAUGGUCGUUUUGAUGAUAGCUACAUUCGCAACUUCUACAUUUUGCCAGGACUGCCCGCCGGUGUUCUCAUUGGAGAUGACUUCCUGUGGCAGAGCGAUGCAUUUUCCAAGUACUCCGAACACUUGAUCGACAUCGACGAUGAAGACCUCUGGGAAGACGUACCCGAGGGCAUGUUCCUCAACAUCAAGCUGGUCGAGCAGAAGAAGUCAUGGUGGUCGAGACUGAGAAGACAUGCUGUUGACAACGCGGAUGCCGAAGCCCUCAUCCAGUGGCAAACCCAAUGUAAAGGCGUGCUCGAUGAGAUCGAAGCCGUGCACUACAAAGACAUUCCACUGGAUGCUAGGAAAGAUGAGAUUCUAAAGCUGGAGCAAAGGUAUCGAGCCCUGGUGCAGAAGCCCCCAACACCAGUCGCUUCCGCGAGUGAGACUCACAAGCAGCGGCGGGCUCCUGCGUCAUCGACCUCACGGGCUAUGGCGUAG